AUGCGCGUGCACGAGCAACCAAGGAGCUACUCUGAGGGCCAGUGGGCUGUGCGUGACACAUGGACGCAGCACAAACGCAUAUACCCGGGGGACACCCCGCUACCGCGUGCACCACGCCGUGCGCACGCGCUGGGUGCACCCCUGACCAUCGUCGCGAAUGAGUGCCCGCCAUCCCCUCGUACACGGCGUGGUGGUGCAAGUUGUCCAGGCCCCUUGGGCGGGGCGAGGGCGUCUCCCGUCCCGGGAAACCCGAGCCACCGCCCCUCGCCCCGCCCCUUUCCCCGCCCCCCGGCCCCGAGCCGGCCGAGCCGUGCGCGGCGGGAGCGGCACAGGCAGCAGGAGAGCGCGCCGUGGAGCCGCUCCGAGCGCCCGGGGCCCCUCGCGCCGCCGCCCCGGAUCCCCGCGCCGCGCGCCGAGGCCGUCUGCGCCGUCCGUGCGCCGCGCGCUGCGCGCCCUCCGAGCCGCCGUCCGUCCAGGGCGCCCCCAGCCCCUGCCCCCGCCCCCGCCCGGCCGGGAUGGCCGCCGCUCGCGGCUGAGCGAGUCCGGGGAGGGGGGCCCCAUGGGCCGGCACGCGCCGCGCCCCCCCCGCGGCCGCCCCCUCCGGCCCGGGUCCCCCCGGGCGCCGCGGGUCCAGGCGGCCCGGAUGGCGGUCGCGGCGGCAGGGGCCGGGGCCGGGGCCGGCGCGGGCGGCAGGCGCGGCCACCACUGACGGGGAGUCGGCCGCCAGAGCAGGCGGAGGAUGCAGCGCUGGAAGGCGGCGGCCUUGGUCUCGGUGUUCUGCAGCUCCGUGCUCUCCAUCUGGAUGUGUCGGGACGGCCUGCUCCUCAGCCACCGCCUUGGACCCGCGCUGGCCCCCCUGCGCCGGCCGCCUCGCACCCUGGACGCCCGGAUCGCCCGCUUGGCCCAGUGUGUGCCAGCCUUGGGGGCAGGCGGGGCCAACUCAGGAUUUCCUCUUGCAACCACAAGAUUGACUGCCACUGCUCAGAGGCUGGGACCCCCCUACUUGCAGUUUGCUGGUCUGCGCUGCAGGCCAUUCCAACGUCUGCACGUCUCUCCUGGGGCUGGGGAUCCCUGGAGCGGGGACAGCCGCUUGGAAAUUACAUUUAGGCUCCUGAGCCCUGGGAAUCUGUGACUUGGGGCACCUCUUGGCAAGGGUGGGAGAAGAGGGCUGGCCUUAGGCCAAACUAGGGCCCCUGUUGGAGGCAGGAGGAAGGCUGUUUGGGCUUGUCUCUUAUUUGCAGCACAAGGUACAUGGUUUGUGCAUGAAUAAUGGUGACGUGCAUCGGGAACUAAGCACUUGACAUUCAUGAUCUCAUGGCAUCUUUACAAACGGAAGUUGGUGUUAGCAUCAUCCCCAUGUUAUAGAUGAGAAAAUUGAUGCUUAGAGGAGAAGUCAGUGGCAGAAGCAGGGAUUCUGACACCAGACUGGACCUGUGGAAGGCAAAGUAUGGGCUAUAUCUGCAGUUAACUGAUAUUUACGUAAGUUAAUAGAAAGUGGACACUUUCUAGCCCUAAAAUGGUAAACCAGAGCUGCUUGCACAAGGAAGAAGCAACUGUAAAGAUAAAGGCUGCAUAAUGAAAAAAAGAAGUUACAAAACGCUACCUUCUGCUGGCUAUCCAAAGCUCUCAGAUUAACAAGUGUUAGAAGGGCUAAGCCGAAACGGACCAGCCCUAAAUUGAGACUGUAUCCUGGGGAGACGUAGGAUCGACAGAUAACCGGGAAAAAAGUUCUGGUCCCAACAACGCCUCUCAUCCAUGUACCACCUAAAAUUACAUCGAAGUAUAUCAAGCGCCACUAGGGGGCAGUAUAUGACAGCCUUCCUCAGCCCUCGUACAGUGCUCGGACUCAGAAUGAAACCAAUGCUUCUGCUUACGGAGAAAGUUUAUUUUGUGCCAAGUACCAUUAUACCUUGUUCAAACACUUUGGAAUAGGCGUUGUGAAAAUUAAGAAGGGGAAACCCCGCUAAAAUGGAGUUGGGAGGCCAGCAAGGGGGCUCAUUCCCACCACUCCCCGUCAAUUGCAGACUCCACAAACAGAGACCUUGCAAGUCAUUCUAGUUUAGCUGCCUUACUACCCACCAGACUGUCCCAGCUCAGCCAAUGAGAAGCCAUGAGACGUGGGACUCCCAGUUUCUCCAGUGAACUUUUGGCCUAAAACAGCCCUCCCAGCUCAACCCUUUGCUCUAUAAAAAGGGGAUCCUCUUCUUUUUUUCUCCAGACUUGCCUAUGGCGUGUCCCAACUUGGAAUCUGUUCUGCCCGAAUUAACCCAUUUUUGCUGAUUAAAUAACUUGACAGUUUUAUUUUUGAGGGUAACGGUACCAUUAUUGUCCUCAUUCUGUAAAUGGAGAAAUUCAGGUACUGGAUGGCGAACUCCCCGCUCCACAGUCAGGAAGCUCGCAGCCUGCGCGAGACUGCAGCCAGCAAGCGGCGCCCCCAAGUCACCCGAGGCCGGGCUUCUGGGAUAAAUGCGCAUGCUCCAAGAGCCCGGUGGAGCCGGCAGAGGGAGGGAGCGAGCGGGACGCCUCCAGCCACGAGGGGGAGCGCGCGGCCUCCCUGC